AUGUUUUCAAGAUCAUUAUUAAAAACCACCACGGCCGCCGUGGCCAGAUCCUCCGGAGGUGCCUAUGGGCUCAGUGCCGCUGCCGCCGGUGUUAGCGCCAGCAGAUUCGCCGCACGCCUCCCCCAAUUUACUGUUCCUUCCUCCACCCGAUUCUACCAUGAUAACGUGCUUGAUCACUACAAUAACCCCCGUAACGUCGGAACCUUGAACAAAAACGACGCCGACGUGGGAACCGGGUUGGUGGGUGCGCCUGCUUGUGGAGAUGUCAUGAGGUUACAAAUCAAGGUUGACGAAGAAACCGGAAUUAUCGAAGAUGUCAAGUUCAAGACGUUUGGGUGUGGUUCUGCCAUUGCUUCGUCGUCAUACGUGACUGAGUUGAUCAAGGGGAAGUCUCUCGAUGAGGCUUUGAAGAUCAAGAACACCGCCAUUGCAAAGGAGUUGAGUUUACCCCCUGUUAAGUUACAUUGUUCUAUGUUGGCAGAAGAUGCCAUUAAGUCGGCUGUUAAGGAUUAUAGGAGCAAGAGAACGGCCGUCAAGCCCACCUUGGGUCCUGAUGCCGUGGCCGCCCCGGUGUCCGCUUAG